CCCGGCUGCCGAGGGCGCCUCUGAGCACGGGCAGAGAGCCGCGCAGGGGCCGGAGACUGCAGCCCCCCCCGCCGAUCCCCCGCGCCCUCCCCUCUUCCCGCCUGUAGGUCCCGCUGCGGAGGCGCCGAGAGCCCAGAAUGGCCGCCGCUCCCCCCGCCUGGUGGCGCUGCUUCUUCCUCUACGACGCCGCGAAAGUGAGGGGCGAAGGCGACCCCACCCGCGCCGGGAUCUGCUGCUUCCACCCGCGCCAGGCGCCCCGCGACGAGCAGGAGCUGCUGUGCGGACAGAUCGCCGGCGUGGCCCGCUGCGCCCUGGAGAUCUCCGGCUCCCCGCCGGGCCUCAUCCGGCUGCGGAGGCUCAAGUUCGCGCUGGAAGCGCAGGGCACCUACUUGUGGGUUCUGGGCUGCACCGCCGACCUCUCGGACCUCAGCUGCAGGCGGCUCCUAGAGCGGCUGGUCGGCCUCUUCCGCUUCUACAACGGGCCGGCUUCUCGAGCCUACCUGGACCGCUCACCGGAGGAUCUGGACCGGGAGUGGGAACUGUAUGUGAACCACCUGCAGCAAAGCUCCAGUGACCUUCACCGGGUUUUUAACUCCCUCUGGGCCUUAGACAAAACCAAGGUGGACCCUUUGCUCUUGUUGAAAGCUGCCCUCAUCCUGCAGAGCUGCCAGCGUUCUCGCCACGUGCUGGCCGGCUGCAUCCUCUACAGAGGCCUGGUGGUCAGUACACAGCUGCCACCUGAGCUCACCGCCAGAGUUCUGCUGCAGAAGGGAAAGGAGGAUGGAGGUAGUGGGAUGGAAAAGGGGGCAGCGCAGCUCAAAGAGGGUAAGCUGGGAGGCUGGGCAUGGCUCCUUUGGGCACCCCAGGCCCCACUACCCACUUGCCAAGCUCCUCCUGAGCCCCUGAGGAUUCUAAAUUGCUCUUUAGGUGGUUCCCUGACCACCUUUGGGCCAACAAGUUUGCCGCCGGGGGUCUGUGUCAUACCUGUUUACCUCUUGGAGGACGAAGCAACCGCUCUGCAGGAACUGCCUGUGGAAUGGAUGACCAGGGGGUCCCAGAGCAAAGGCAGUGAGAUUCCCGCAGGAGGGGCAGAUGUAGCCCACUUGGUGAGGAUGGCCUUGUACGUUCACCACAUCCGGGGCCUGGUGCUGGUCCUCCUGGCCGAAGACCCCUUGGUGAGCUCCGCAGACCUCAUGGAGGACGUGUAUCACAGCAGCCUUGCCUCCCUGAACGGCCUGGAGGUCCACCUGGCAGAGACCCUUCCCAAGGGCCCCCUCACCUCAUCCAGGAGCACCUACAACUUUGCCCACUAUGACGCCGUCCAGAACAUCCUCACCACCAACGUCCUGCAGACCACGAGCCCUGAGGACCAGCUCUUCCUGCAAGCCACCGGCCUGAUCCACGCCACCUUUGAGCAGCUGCCCACAGCCUCUGAACUGACACUCAGAAACGCCGCCACGGCUGUCUAUGGCUGCCGGAACACCGUCCAGGAGAGCUACUAUCAGCAGAGGGGUUCACCGCCCUACAACUCAGGGGUGCCCAACCCUCGGGACAGCAUUGUCGGUCUGCCCGGCAAGGCCAGGCUGAAGCUGCUCAAGCAUGGGGUGAACCUGCUCUGAAGCUGGAGAUGCGCUCCUGGUGCAGAUCUCGGUGGACUCCACACCCAUCCAGGACUGCCUCCGUUUUGGCGCAGAGGCUUUUGAGCCCUGCCGAAUGCACUUGGCCCACCGACUCCUUGCCACAUCUCCCCCAGGUGUGCCCGCUGGUGGCUCUGCCUGAAGAAGCCGCGGCCUCUUAGCCAAAGCGAGCAGCAGUUCAGCUGCAGCCUCAUCUCGGGUCUUGCCUGCCCUGGGUUGUUCCCAUCUUCAGGUGGGGAAAGCGCUCUGGUGGGACUCUCUCCGCCCCUCCACCCUCCCCAGUGCCUUCCGGGCCCCCUUCAGGCUUGGGAAAAGAGAGGGGCUCUGGCACUGGCAGAGCCUUUGAAAAGUGACUUGGCUCCAGGGCAGAGCACGACUGCUGCUCCCCCUGCCAGAAGAGGAGGGGGGGGAGCUGCAGCAGUUGAGGGCGUUCCUCCAGUCUCUCUGGAAGGUGCUUUCUGAAUGGCAGAAGGUGGCACUCGGGAGCCUUCACCCACGUUGCUGCUGGCACUCUUCCAGGCUUUCCUAUUUCCUAUUCCAGCCCCUUCUCCUGCACUGAGAUGGACUCCUCUGGGGCUCCCCCCUGUUCUGGAUUCUCUGGAAAUGUUUGUUCUGUGGAAAAGCAGCGAAGGGUGGGGGGUAAACAGGGGUCUGGGUUCAGAUGCAGCCUUCAGCCCAGAAUAAAGCUGCCAACUUCUGCUC